GGUUGGACAACCAAUUGCUCUAAUCAAAAAUAAUUACAGGAACUAAGGCCAAUUCAUUGAUCUGCGCUUUUCGUUCCACGUUUUGAGUCAUACUCGAGUGGUGCGUAUCGCCCACUUGCCUGUAACACUCAAACACCUCCAGCCUAGUGUAUUGAAGUUGUGUAAGGGACUGGUAUCACUUGGUUGAAAAUAGUCUUGUUUCAAGAUAGAACUGUGUAUGAUAACAGAAGUAGACAACCCUAUGAGUUUUGUGCACUCGGAGCACUUUAUGAACUACAGUUCAGCAGUUUCUUGCUUGGCCAAAGUAGCCAUGGAGUCUCAACAUGCUUGUGGACAAGCUAAAUAUACCACUUUAUCCAGAACUGAGCCUUUAUCUGAAGAGUCUUCCCAAGUUUGUCGUUCUGCUCAACAAGAUAGUUUUUCUCAAGUGAGUGUAAACGAUUCAACAGUAGAAAAAAUCUCGAAACCUUCAGUUGGUAUUGAGCAAUCCAACUUUAUUUGUGAGAGAAAGGGGUCAGGCGAAGGAAUCGAAGACUUUAAUUCUAGUAAUUCUUUGCAAUCUAAACAACAGCGAAAUGUGCUCCAACCAGUUCAAGUCAAAGAAGACAUAUACCAGCUCUCAACGGAAGAACACAAUGAUAUUACCCAAUUUUCUUAUGACCCAGGACUUUCGGAAGGUUAUGCCUUGAAGGACAACUGUAGUCCUCGAGCACCCAAUUUUUGUGCCUUGGAGCCUAUUUUCGCUGUGCACAGUUCUGCGGUGCAAGAUACUUCCAUGAUCCCCAUUUUAUUGUAUACAAAUCAGUUUCCGUCAAGUCCAAACACCACAUUUCCUGUGCAUGACCAAGUUUCUUGGACGAAUUGGUUUCAUCCUUCGUUACUGUCUUCUUCAACAUGGAAAAUAUCGAAUUCGAAGUCACGUGACCAUACGAUUCCAUGGAAUGAACCCGAGUCGAAAGUGAGUUGCAAUGAUCUGUACAAGACAGAGUUAUGCCGCUCUUUUAUGGAAACUGGUUUCUGUAGAUAUCACUCCAAGUGUCAAUUUGCUCAUGGAGUGGAGGAGUUGCGACCUGUGAAGCGUCAUCCGAAAUAUAAGACUAGAUUAUGUAAGAAUUUUGUAGAGAAUGGAACAUGUCCAUACGGAAGUCGAUGUCGCUUUAUUCAUGGUUCUUCUGGUGCAUCUUCGUUUGAAGGAUUGCAAACUGAUUUAUUAUUAGCUGUUCAAGGCAUUUCUUUGGGAAAGGAAAGGCGUCACAGCAGGUUACCUGUGUUUCAAACGUUGGAAGAAAAAUCCGAUAUUCAUUCCAAGUGAGAACACUUUUGCUGUCUCUUUUCCUAUUUUUGUGUCAAUUGUAGACACUUUGUUAAUUUAUGGAUGGUUUGUCAUAUUUCUGUAAUAAAUAUCAAGUCGUGGUA